CUCCCGCCGCUAACCGGAAGUAGAACUAUUAGCAUGAACUAGAGGAGCUGCUGUAACAUCAACACGAAACUUUACUAAACUGAUAUCCUCACAUCUUUGUAUAUGAUGGCAUGGCAGGUAAAAGACGGAGGAGCUUACGAAAGACUGAACUACCUGUAUCAGGCGGCUCAUUGUGUUUUAAAUCAAAACCCGGAGAAUGUGGAGCUGGCCCGUUUCUACUGUUUCACCCAGAGGAAGAUAGCGAGACGUUUAGUCCUCAGACAAGACCCAUCAGUGAAGAGAACGAUGUGUAAGAAGUGCUUCUCCCUGCUCGUCCCUGGUGUGACGGCAACAACGAGACAAAGAAGAAAAAAAAGCAAGGGGCGUGUCACAGUGAUGAGGUGUCUCAGCUGUGGACAGAGCAAAUCCCUGCUGAAUAAUCCAGAUUAUACUUUAUGGGCUGAUCGUCCUGAGGCUCAGCUGGAGCUGAUGCAGUGUACAGAUCCAGACACUGCAGGAAGAAAACAAUUCAAGAACAAGAAACCUGCAGCCUUGAGUCCCACGAAGAAGAAGCAGCGGUGGAAGCAGAAGGAAGAGCAGCAGCAGGAGGAGCAGCAGCAGAAAGAAGAGCAGCAGAAGGAAGAGCAGCAGCAGGAGGAGCAGCGGCAGAAAGAAGAGCAGCAGAAGGAAACACACCAGCGGAAGGAAGAGCAGCAGAAGGUGGAGCAGCGGAAGGAGGAAGAGCAGCAGAAGGAGGGAGAGCAGCAGAAGGAGGAAGAGCAGCAGAAGGAGGGAGAGCAGCAGAAGGAGGAAGAGCAGCAGAAGGAGGAAGAGCAGCAGAAGAAGGAAGAGAAGCAGAAGGAGGAAGAGCAGCAGAAGAAGGAAGAGCAGCAGAAGGAGGAAGAGCAGCAGAAGAAGGAAGAGCAGCGGCAGAAGGAAGAGCAGCAGCAGGAGGAGCAGAUGCAGCAUGAGGAGCACAACACGAGGAGCAGCAACAUGAGUAGCAGCAACACGAGGAGCAGCGGCGGCAGGGGGAGCAGCAGCAGCAGGAGGAGAAGUCCCAUGAGAAGCAGUCCCAGGAGGAGCAGUCCCAGGAGGAGCAGCAACACCUGGAACAGUCCCAGGAGGAGCAGUAACACCUGGAACAGUCCCAGGAGGAGCAGCAACACAUGGAGCAGUCCACGGAGGAGCAGUCCAACCAGGAGCAGCAACACGAGGAGCAGUCCCAGGAGGAGCAGUAACACAUGGAGCAGUCCCAGGAGGAGCAGUCCCAUGAGGAGCAGCAACACGAGGAGCAGUCCCAUGAGGAGCAGCAGGAGCAGCUACAUGAGGAGGAGCAGUCCCAGGAGGAGCAGUCCCAGGAGGAGCAGUCCCUCGAGGAGCUACAGCAGGAGGAGCAGUCCUACGAGGAGCUACAGCAGCAGGAGGAGCAGCAGCAGGGGGAGCAGUCCUACGAGGAGCUACAGCAGGAGGAGCAGUAGGGGGAGCAGUCCCAUGAGGAGGAGCAGCAGGAGGCACAGCCCUCCUCAUCUGUAAGCAAACCGGACUGAAGUCGCCUAUUUUAUUUGGAAACACGUCGCUGACCCGAGGAAGCGUUCUGAUAUCAUUUAAAUCCAAACUCUUCGAACUUCAGAGUUUCUUUGAUUUUUGAAGCAGAGAUUUUCUUCUGUUUUUGCAUCGUCAGCGCUGCAGGAGGCUUUAAAUGAAAUACUUAACAGGCUGAUGAGACGACGCUCGGUAUGUGUAGAGAUAAAAUGAUCAUGUUUAACACGCAGCAUCAGUUUAUGAAGAAUCCUGAUGUUGACUUGUAUACAUGAAUUUUUUUAAGUAUUGUAUGAGAGCGACUUUGACGAGAACCAAACUGUGAUGGUUAGAUGACUGGGUCAGAGCGUCUCUGCAGCUCCUGUGGGGGGGGUGUGCAGGUUCAGGACCUACCAAAAGAGGACUAAGGAAGGAGAACAAGAGAACCAGAGACAGGGUCUGAUCCAGCAGAAAAGUCUGAACAGUUUUUGCUUUUAUUCUUUAGCUCAGCUGAAGAGAGAGAGACAUGUAUGCCCUCAGUGAGACCAGUGUCAUCAUUUUUUUAAAGUGUAAUUUUUGAUGUGACCAGCAGAUGGCAGUGAAAGUUUGAAAAACUUCAUUGAUAGAAAUAAUUUAUUGAUUCCGGCCAACAAAGAUGUAAAAAUGAUCCUUAUUUAUUUAGAUUCAUGAUUCAUAUUUUACAUUCUCUGUACAGCUAGCAGCUUUUACUCCAGCUCAGUCAGGAUGAAAUGUUUGUUGUCAGAUAUUCUUUGAAGGUUGAUUAAAAAAAAUAAAAAGUCACAUCUUCUUCUUC